CUUCAAGACGGUUUGGACUAUUAUUAACGGAUAUGGAGCUUCAUGCUUUUUUCUGUUUUGGUCUGUGGCUUUUGUGUGGUGUUUUAGUUGUUCAGUCCGAUGAAAGAGAGAAGAUUCCUGUAAUGGAGGGAGAUUAUGUCACUUUAAACUCCAAUGUGAGAAACAUAAAAAGCAAAGAUCUUAUAUUGUGGACAUUCAGGCUUAAAAAUAAUGAGACUCGUAUAGCUGAAAUCUAUAAACAGAGAAACUAUACAUAUGAUGAUGGGAUUAAUGAGAGAUUCAGACACAGACUACACUUAGAUGAGCAGACUGGAUCUCUGACUAUCACAAACAUCAACAAACUACACUCUGGGCUUUAUAGAGUCCAGAUCAUCAAUGGAGGGGUCAGAGAAAAGACUUUCAGUAUUGAUGUCUAUGGUAUUCUGACUGUUCCUGUCAUUAUUAAAGAUUUACAAAAUCCACCCUCAUCAGGAUCCUCAAGUCAGUAUUGCUCAGUGGUGUGUUCAGUGUUGAAUGCGAGUGCUGUGAGUCUCUCCUGGUACAAAGGAAACAGUUUAUUGUCCAGCAUCAGUGCGUCUGAUCUCAGCAUCAGUCUCUCUCUACCUCUGGAGGUGGAAUAUCAGGAUAAAAACACCUACAGCUGUGUGGUCAACAAUCCCAUCACAAACCACACCACACAUCUGGACAUCAGUCAAACCUGUCAGACAAGUUCAGAAUCCAGAACUUCACUUCUUCUCCUGGUUGUUUUGCUGCCGCUGCUGUUUUUAAUCACAGUUACAGUUGUGAUAAUAUUACGUCGCCACAGAAACUACACGCAAGUAAAACAAAAAGCUCAGACUAAUGAGGAUGAUAUCGAUUAUACUGAAGCAACAUUUACUCCACACGGAGAUCAGGAUACGAAAGCUGAAGGACAGGAUCAGACGGUGUAUUCAGAAGUCUUUUUGAAAUGCUGAUCACAUAGAUUUGUAAUGUUAUAGAAUUUAACACAGGAUUGAACACGUUGAAGCUUGUUGCAAAAAUGGCUGAAUUUCAAGAUUUUUUAAAGCCUUAAUGUCUGAAGAUUUCACAAAUAUUAAAAUGACAUUCCACUUUUUCUCAUGGAUUUUCAGAAACUGAUAUGUAGUCUACAACACUGUAAUAGAAAAUGUAAAAUAACAACAAAAAACUUGCAAAUAUUGCUGCCUUAAAGAGCCCUUAAACAUAAAUAUAUAUUGUAAUAAUUUAAGUUAAUUAAGCAAUGAAACAAUAUUUUUGUUUACCUUUUUAGGUUUAUAUGUAAAUGCCAUGUAUUUCUGUUUUGUUGUGCUAUUGCUCCCUCUGCUGGCCUGAGAGCUAAACUGUGAAUGAGAUUUUUAUAUUUUUAAUUUUAGAGAUUUUAUUGCUGCCUUUAUAAAGUAAUUUAUCUUGAUGUAAACUGUUAAUAGCUUUCACAUUUACGAUAACAAUUGACAAGCAAAAAUACGUGUUUAAUAUCUUAAGCAUAAUGAUUUUUUUCCAAGUUCUGAGCCAACAGUUUGAUGACUAUUUAUAAGUUGUUAUUUAUACAGGAAAAACAUGCGUCAUAAUUUUAUCUAAAUAUAUACAGUUGAAGUCAAAAAUAUUAGCCCCCCUUCUAUUUUUCUUCUUUUUAAAAUAUUUCCCAAAUGAUGUUUAACAGAGGAAGGAAAUUUUCACAGUAUGACUGAUAAUAUUUUUUCUUCUGGAGAAAGUCUUAUUUGUUUUAUUUUGGCUAGAAUAAAAGCAGUUUUUAAUUUUUUAGAAACCAUUUUAAGGUCUAAAUUAUUAGCCCCUUUAAGCUAUAUAUAUUUCGAUAGUCUACAGAACAAACCAUCAUUAUACAAUAACUUGCCUAAUUACCCUAACCUGCCUAGUUAACCUAAUUAACCUAGUUAAGCCUUUAAAUGUCACUUUAAGCUGUAUAGAAGUGUCUUGAAAAAUAUCUAGUCAAAUAUUACUUACUGUCAUCACGACAAAGAUAAAAUAAAUCAGUUAUUAGAGAUGAGUUAUUAAAACUAUUAUGUUUAGAAAUGUGCUGAAAAAUUCUUCUCUCCGUUAAACAGAAAUUAGGGAAAAAAAUAAACAAUAUAAUUGUUUAUUGAAUUAUUGAAAUAAUAA